AAGAGGCACAACCAGAGGGGUUAUUCCUGGCAGUGUGACCCAGGGGGCCUUGCCGAUGAGAGUGUGCAACCCAGCUCCCAACGUCCACUCUGUCCCUUUGAGAGAAACACUGCAGAGAAGCUCUGGAGAGUGCAGUGUCUGCAAUCCCUGCUCUGCGCAGGUCCCUGCAUGAGGAUGUCUGAGCUCAGCGAGGAGAUGGUUGCAGAGCUGCUGUCUCUGGAGAAGAGGAAUCUCAUUCAGAACCCCCACGGAGCAGAGCAGUUAGAAGGUUGGGAGAUCACAGAAAAUGGUGGCUGUCAGUGGCGUGUGGAGGAGCUCCCAGGGGAUUGUGGGAAGGAAUUCCCAGACGAGACGGUCCAGAGCUACUUUGCUACGUCCUUUGAGCUGUGUCUGAAGAAGCAGCUGGUGGACCUGCGAGCUGAGGGCUGCUCCGAGGAGCUGCUGGACACGGUGCAGCCCAAGAUCAUGGUGCAAGACUGGUAUGCAGGGCGCUCAGACUGCGGCUGCACUUACCAGCUAUGUGUGUCUCUGCUCAACGAGAGCCAGGAGAUAGUCCAGGAAUUCAAACCAGACCCUGUGACCUUGGAGCCGGAGAACUCAGACUGCAGCUGGAACCAGAUGACGCACACCUUCGAGGGUUAUGGCCCUGGAGUUCGCUUUGUUAGUUUUGAACACGGAGGUCAGGACAUCAAGUACUGGGAUGGCUGGUUUGGGGUUCGAGUCACAAACAGCUCAGUGGAAGUGCAGCCAUGAGGGAACUCUACAAUACGUACUCUAUCUAUCUAUCUAUCUAUCUAUCUAUCUAUCUAUCUAUCUAUCUAUCUAUCUAUGCCUGUCUGCUUUGCUCUUGUUCAGACAUCACUAUGCUGAGCUUCUGCAAUAGGGAGGGUGUAACCCUCCACUCCUUCUCUUGCUUCAACCAGGAAGAAAUAUCUAUUUAAAUCUGCUUUGAGCAGCACUGCACUCUAUCGCCGGCUGCAUUUCAUAUCAAUGUAAUCCACUGCUGCUGUUAACUACAGCCAGUAUCUAGGGGACAAUGUGGAACCUGUAUGUACAGAGUGAAAGAAAUACUAUAGUUUAUUUGGAGACCUGUCCUAAGCAGGUGAAUUUGUGAUCCGACAAAAAGCUGUACAUUUAAGUAAAUGUAUAUUAAAUACAUUGCUAUACCA